AUGAAGUACGUGUGUAGUCACGGCUCCCCACGCGCGUCACAAAACGGAGUGGCGACGUCGACGAGGGCAGCGACACCCACGUGCUCCGCCACCAUCCUUGCGCUUCAACGCGCCAACGCUGCCUUGACGCAGGACCUUGAGCAGUGUCUGGACAUCCUUCGCGGAGCACGUGCCUUUACCGAUGAAGUGGAGCGGGUGAUAGCCGCUGUUCCUGUUUUCGCGGCGUUCAUGCAGCGGCGCAUGCAGGCCCUAAUGCUGCUACAACACGGUGUUUUUCUAGAGAAUACAGCCGUCUUGUUUCAGCUGUGGCACAAGGAUCGUGAAGCCAUGCUUGACGCAUUUGGACGAGAGGCACAUCGCGCCUAUGACAGCUACCAGUGCAAGGUUGAGGGCAUUGUCGAGCAGCACGAGGCUGAGCUGGAGGAGGUGCAGAGUGAGUGGCGAGCCACGCUAGAAACUGUGCAGGAGGAGGUGGCGGAGUUGACGCGGCGGCUUCAGUCAGCUGAGGAAGACGAGAAGAGGGAGGCGGGGCACGCGCUUCUAAAGAAGGCUGCUGCCCUCAUUGAACGAAAACGCCGCGGCGGAUGCCAUAGGGCGACGCAGACGAGUCAAGGCGCCUCGGCGGUGGCGUGUCAGACGACAGACGUCUACCGUCGUCCUGUUGCGGUGCAAACGAUAGAAGAGGAGUCGCAGUGGCGGGCGGAACCAAAGCGAGCCGACGAAGAAGAGGAAAAGGAACCAGAGCCCUUGGCCGCUGCCCCAAUGACAUUUCCAGCAGGGGAUCCAGGGAUGAGCGCGGCGCCACGUGAAGACCUGCGGCAGCAGGCCAAACACGACGCAGUGGAGAUCGACAUGCUUCGUCGAGAGUUGCAGCAGUGCCGCAUGGCCUAUGCGCAUGAGCAGGAGGCCGCAGUGACAGCUCGCGCAAACUGUGCCGUGCUGGAGGACACUCUACACGCGCAGGUGCAGGAAAACAGUUUUCUUCGCGACGCAUUAGAUCGCAUUGAGGCCGGAGUUUUUCCUCCACCAGCGCCACUUGCAUCGUACGAUAGCGUCACACUUUUGGAGCGUCUAGCCUUGGUGGGAAAUGCUGGUCGGAAUCCGUCGCCACAGGUCAAUACCGCGGCGCUCGAUACACCGCUUUGCGAGGCAUCGGUGGCCCCAGCCAAGUGGACUGAGUAA